CAUUAGAAUAUUACUAUAAAAACUAGUCAUGACCGAAACAAAGUCAACCAUGGACGCUCUGACGGGAGCGAAGACUUUGCCAAUGAAGGAAAAACUUAAACUUCUGGACCAGGAGAUUCGAAGGCUUCAUAAAGCCUGCACUGAUGCCGGGUAUAAACCAGAAAAGAUCAAAGAAGUAGCAAAACCAAUGCUUAAAGCUGAGAAAAGGGGAAGAGUUAAGAAAGCAACUAGAAUUGGACUCUACGUUCUUCUUGCUACAAUUGCUAUGGUUGGAUUGAAUUACUAUGAACCAACAAGCUAUGCAAUUAGAGUUGUGACGAAGAAGUUUAUGGUUGCAAUCCUUCCAUACUAUGAUUGGACCUGGCCGUUCCUGUCUGAGUGCAUCCUCGAGAACCCGUAUUACGAUCCACCACAAGAGGAAUUCACUGAAGAAAACUGUUUGAAAUGCAUCACAGAACUGACUCCGAUGGCAAAUGUAACAGAUACAGACCCCAUAGCCGAGAAGAUUUAUUCCAUGCAGCCUGUGAUCGUGUCUGAUGCAAUGACUGACUGGAGAGCAACAACGGAAAAAGUUACUUUGAACACUUUCAUAGAGUUAUAUGCUACUGAUGAACGAACAAUGAAAGUAACGGAAGAGAAACAGACAAAUCAUUUCAGAACAACAAAAGGCCUUCCAAAAUCCGUGGGAAAUGUCACUGCUUUCGCGAAAUGGGUUUACAAUGAGGCGAAGGAGGGGAGAUACCCUAAUUUCACUGCUCAAUGGUCUAAUAUCGGUCCAAACAGUUACAAAGCACUGCAUUAUUACUACACAAAGCCAUAUUUUCUGCCAAGUAUGUGUGAACCAAUCAGAGGGCUCAGUUAUUUGAUGAUGGCAAGACAGAAUGCGACAGAAGGAUUGAAAGGACUUUUUCUUCGACCAAGACAAGAUGACAUGGGGAUCUGGAUUGCCCAGGUAUCAGGAAGAUUUGAGUUUAUUCUUAACCCCAUUCGAAUGUGUCAGGAGAAAUGUAGUAAAGUCCGAUUUGUUUUAGAGGAAGGACAAAUAUUGAAUGUUCCAACAGCAUUGUACCAGAUCACCUACAGACCGAACAGCACUGAGGGAGUCGGAAUUGCAGUAGGCUAUGAAUUCCAGUGACCUUGAACUGAAUGAAAUGACCUUGGGUGUCCACUAACGAUGUUUGGAGCAAGAAAGUAAUCUUGAACUGAACAAAAAAAAUAUAUCUGAACUAGACAAGAAUGACCUUGAAUAUUUCAGUGACCUUGAAAGAAUUUUUGAACUUUUUAUAAACUGAAGGUUACUCUCCUUUUAUGCAAUUUAGGGCCUAAUUUAUCUUCGUGGUGUUUCAACCAUUACAAGUGUCGUUUUAGUUUGAAGUUAUAUGGUUUUGUGUUGUAUUGUCUAGUGUAAAGUGUUAAAUUUUUUUUAUGAAUUUUAUACUUGGAUGUUGAACUGAAAUGCUAUUUAGUGCAAAUCUAAACAACAUGAUGGCUUCCAACUUGUGUACAAUCUGAUAUUGGUCAGCGAAAAAGGAAACCGAUCUUUUUGACCUUGAACUAGACAAGGAUGACCUUGAACUAAUGCCCUUAUUUUGAAGAAUUUUUGAUCUUUUCAUCAACAAAAGAUUACUCUCCUUUUAUGCAAUUUAGGCCUCAUUUUCAAUCUUUUACAAGUGUGGUUUUAAGUUCAUGUUAUAUGGUUUUGUUGUACUUUGUAAUGAUUGUUGUGAAAUCAAUUUUUAGAUGCAAGUUGUUUUAUAAAUUUUAUAACAAGACGUUCAACUAAAAUGCUUGUCUAACUUGGCAACUAUCUGAUAUUGGUCAGCAAAUAAGCACAUCGAUCUUUUAUUAGGUGGUUCAGUAUGGCCAUUCUGAUUCCUGCUACAGCAGUGGUUAGAUUAUCGAGUGGACUAGAGUUUGGAACCACUGUUAUACCUCCUUUCAGAAAGUAGGUUUCCAAACCCUUUCAAGAAUGUUAUCAAAUCAUACCAAGGGUCAUCAUUACCUUCAUAAUAUUCAAUCAUUGUUCAAGAAAUUCCUACGAUCGGUUGUCCUAUUUUUUACCCAUAUGCCUUUAAAAAGUCGAACUGUAUAUGUUAUUUUGAAAAAAACAUAUACGUCAAGGCAUGCCAACCUUGUAUGCCCAGUAAUCUCGCGUUUCAACAGCAAAAAAAACGACUCUGUGCACCAAAAAUCUAAGUAGCCAUGACGACAGCCUGUCCUUGCCUUUGCAUUGCAUCUUUCUAAAUCAUAUGAAUGUCCCUAGUUACAACUGCUGAUUUCAGCGACAUUGCUUCUUUUUAUUCUUGCCUUUUCGUAUUACUUAGCCAUAAGAAAUUAUUAGUAUUUAUGCAGAUAUGGGAAUAAAUGUUUCAAGUUUC